UAAAUAAAUCUCUAAAACUAAAUUACCAAAAUUCAAAAAUCCAAUUACUUUUUUUUAAAAAAAAAAAUGGAAGGAUUAAUUCCAUUUGUUUACAAAGCAAUAAUGGAUUACAAAAAUGGAGGCCAAAUUGCUACUGGUUCACCAAGAUGGAUGAAUAAUGAUUCGCCGUUAUUAGGUUCUUACAUGAGACUUCCAGGCGGGUCGGGUCGGUUUGAGAAUUCGGAUAUACAGUUAUUCGGGUCACCGGAUAAUGAGUUCUCGAUGAAAUCGUCAUCAGUUUCUUCUUCAACAGUCGCCGCCGGUAAAAGAUCAAUGGUCUCCGGUGGAUCACCGACGGCGAGGUGUCACUGGAUUUCAACUCGUGCUGUAAACAGAUAAAUUACUAAAUAUUAUUUGGAAAAAAAGGUGAAAAAAUAUAAUGGUUAUUUUUAAUUUAAAGAAAAAUGGAAAAUGCGUGAAAAAAGGUGUGUUGGUUUCUAUUUUAUGUUUUUUUUUAGUUUGGUGAAAGUAAAAGUGUAAAGGAUAACCCAAAAGGGACUUUACAAUUAUGUUUUUUUAUGUGAAAAAAAAAUAAAUCAAAGUGUACAUUACUAUAAUUUUACUGUUUGUUUGGUAUAACUUUACUUAGUUGAGAAGCAAAUAUUCAUUUUAUU